AGCGCGAAUGGAAAGCGAAAGUGUAGUGCUUAGAGUGUAGAUAAUUGAAUAGUAAAAAUAAUUUACGAGAAAAUUUGUGAAAUGGUGGAAAUCAAUAAGACUGUUUUUAUAUUUGCGCUUAAGGCUAAUUAAACCCAUGGUCACCUAUUCCAUCCACCAACUGAAGAACACCACAGAAGAGAAGAAAAACAAGACCUUACGAAGAUACCCGGCGUCCCUGGCGUAGAUUACCCUAUUUACCAUGAAGUGCCUCAUACGAAUUUCCACUGUGCCAAUGUACCUGCUGUGCCGGGAAUGUAUGCAAAUAUUGAGACCGGGUGUCAGGCCUACCAUGUUUGCCACGAUGGACGGGAAGGUCAUCAAGGUGCUUCAUUCCUCUGCACCAACGGCACUAUUUUUAACCAAAAGGAGUUUGCGUGCGACUGGUGGUACAACGUGAAAUGCGAAGAAGCGUUUACCUACUAUCACUUGAACACAGACCCAAGGCAUAAUCCCUACUUCCAGAAAACAAAUGAAUUGGAAGAGAAGCACCAUGAAUCGGAGGGAUUCCAUAUCCACGCUUGAAGGGAUCGUGUAAUCAUCUCAUUGAAUAUGUAUAUGUCACUUGUUUAUAUGUAUUUAGUUGUUAAUUUUUUACAUAAAAUCAUAUUCACU